AGUCAACCCCCUUUUAGUCACAAAAAGUCAACAAAGAGCAAUAAAUAGUGAAAUUAAUGUUUCAAUUGACAGGAUUUAAUGAAAAGUAUCAAUCAUGUUAAGCAGAAGAACACAAAGUUUUGUUCUCAAAUAAUCUCUUAUUUCCUCGCAAUAUUUCUAGCUACAAUUAACAUGAUACGUAGACUAUUAUCUACGUUCAUUGACUUUCCAUCCACCACUAAUCAUCAUGAUUAUUUCAAACCCACCGAUAUGAAAACUCAAAAACGCUAUAAUUAUUGGCCAUUAGAAAAUUUCUCAUUUCUGUUUGAUAUGACACCAUGCUUUCCAGUCAACUCCAGUAACAUUAGGAUCAUUAGUGAACCAUCAGAUUUCUAUGAUAGUAUAUUGCGUAAUGCAUCAGCAGCUAAAUAUCGAAUUUCAUUUGCUAGUCUGUAUCUUGGAAUUGGAAAAAUGGAAUCAGAUUUAGUGAAAGCUAUUCAGACCAAUAUCACAGAAAAUGAUGACCUUAAAGUUAAUAUACUGUUAGAUUUUACACGAGGAACUCGUGGCAAAAAGAACUCAAAGUCAAUGAUUAUGCCACUUGUUGAACAAAGCAGGAACUGUAACUUGUCACUUUAUCAUACUCCAAUGCUUAGAGGAAUUACUAAGAAAUUGGCACCAGCUCGAUGGAAUGAACUGCUUGGUCUGCAGCACAUGAAAAUCUACAUUUUUGAUGACGUAUUAAUCCUUUCUGGUGCUAAUUUAUCAAAUGACUAUUUCACAAAUAGACAGGAUCGUUAUAUAGAAAUAAAGGAUAUUAAUGUCUCAAACUUCUUUAAUGACGUCAUAGGAAAGGUACAAGAAUUUAGUAUGCAAGUUGAUGCGAAUGGUGAUACUCGAAUGCAUGAAAGUUGGAACUUAUUGCCUUAUGAAAGUAGCUAUAAAGAAUUUGUAAUUGAAGCUCAGAGAAGAUUUAAGGAAUUUUUCAAGACUGUCUAUGAUAAGCAGAACAAUAUCCAUGAUUUUGACGAGACUGCUGACACAUGGAUAUUCCCGACGAUUGAAAUGGGACAAAUCGGUAUACAUCAUGAUAGUCUUGUAUCUAAUAAGCUAUUAUGUAGUGGAGAAGAAGGAUCAACACUUAAAAUGACUUCUGGAUAUUUUAAUUUGACUCAGACAUAUAUGGACUCUCUGGUAAAGAAAUGUAAAGCUGAUUGCAGUAUAAUUAUGGCUCAUCCAAAUGCUAAUGGCUUUAAAGGAUCAAAAUUUCCUUCUGGCGGAAUUCCUGAUGCGUACUCAUUAAUAGCUCGAAAGUUUUAUGAACAGAUUAAAGAAAAUGGACAAGAAAGUCGAUUCUCAUUACUCGAAUAUGAACGAGAUAACUGGACAUAUCAUGCAAAAGGAUUGUGGUAUCAUCUUAAUGGAUCUAAAUUGCCAUGUAUGACUGUAAUUGGAUCAUCAAAUUAUGGCGAACGAUCAGUUCAUCGUGAUUUGGAAGCUCAAAUUUGUUUAGUAACCGUCAAUAAGGAACUUCAAAAGUCCCUUAAAACCGAAUAUGAUCACCUCUUCCGAUAUUCAGAGACUGCUGAGAAACAGUUGCUUCAACGCUUGAUUCCUAAUUGGGUUAAAGGCGUGGUGUUCUUCUUCAAGAAAUUCUUUUAAUGCCAUUUAUAUUUAUUUAUAAUUUAGCCUGUUUAUGAAAUAAAGCAAACCUGACAAGUUUCUAGCAUUAA